UCAUCAAGGCACUCAGACACAUCACCAACAAAAACACGCAACAAAAGUAAGUAUGUUUCCUUCCUUUUGGUCAACCCGUUUUGGCCGGAACGCACCUGACAACCGUCUCCCAACUCUCCCCAUCGAGCUCCGAGCGAACAUCGCAAGGCAAUACGUUAACAGACUCCGCUCAGAACUAGUAUGGAACGAUGACGGCGAUGCCACCAACCAGUUCCUCCCGCCCCUCCGCCACAUGCGCCGACCCAUCUACCCCCACACCGAGUGGUGGGUGCCACCGCACGGCCGCAUCAUCGACGGCGCCGACCUACGCGACCACCCGAACGACAACACCCUCCCCAACCGCGUGGAAAACGACCCCCUCCGGCGCGAAGUCAUGACCCACCUGAACCCGCUGCUGCGCACGAACCGCGAGAUGCGCGAGCACACCGUGCGCUCCUUCUGGGAGGACACCUGGGUCAACGUCGAGAUCACGUCGGGGCGGCACGGCACGCGGUUCCGCGAACUCGCCGACGGGACGCAAAUCGCCAUCCCCGUGUUCACGGCAGGGUCGGAUAGCCGCAUGGGCCGUCUCGUGCACCGGCUCGCGGAUCCCGUGGUCGAAUCGACGGCGCCCGUGCCCACGACCUCGCCGUACACGACGCUCGGUGAGCAUAUCCGCCGGUUGAGCAUCCGGUUCGAACACGGCUUGCCGCCGUACAGCGGCCGGCAGGACGAGGUGGGGCCGUGGGACUUGCCGAUGCUGCGGGAAUGCAUGCAGGAGCUGGUGAGGCUCACGCCCAACGUCCGCCGGCUGGAGCUGUUCUUCGACACGAACGAUACCUUGCAGUACAUGACCGAGAACGGCGUCUUGGACAUUGUCACACAAAUCUUGGACCAGCGGAUUGCCCGCCGGGAAAGGGUCUUCUUGCGGUCCAUCGUCAUCCGUGGCGGCGACUGCCGAGCUUUGAUCCUCGCCUGGCGCAGGCGGUAUCCUGGACUUCGGAUUGACGGGCUUAUGUGGAAUGUGAACCCGUACCUAAUUAUCCAUUACCGUGAUCGGUGGAUAUCGAAUAACUUGCCUCGUCCUGAUGCGCCUCCUCGGUGGGUUAGAGACGACGAGGAGGUGUUGGAGGAGGAGGGAUAGGCUUAGCUACUCGCGCCUCUUCUAAUCUUCUAUAGGUAAGUCUCCCCUGAAUCAUAUGAAGAGCGUUGAUCCCCAUCUAGGUAGGUUUUGACAGUCAAUAACUCAAUUACCCGAAUGGAACCCACUACGAAUCAAUGAAAGUCCAUCGAUACACAACUCAAUAGAAUAAAAGACAUGUAUGAAGAUUUAUACCUGAAUAUGUGACUGUGAACGUAUGAAUCAGGCGUCUCUCAACUCCCAGAGCCAUACGUGACAAUGAAAUAAGACGAGAGAAUUCAUGUGCAUGG